ACUCAGGCAAGCUGUGUAUCUAGCAGGAUGCAAGUUAUAAGCGCAAAGCCUGGUCGCGCAAGCGGUCUGCUUCUUAUAACCUGAUUGUGGCCCAGUCGUGCCUGAAGCUGAUUGCUCUCUGACCUUGUCAGCCGUCCGGACCGCAUACCGAAUAUCUGCCGAAGAUGGGACUCCUGAGAGCUGCGACAAGUAUUGGGCUCGUUAGUCUCUUGCAGCCAGUACUUUGUCAAGAUUCAGUCAGCUAUGACUUCAAUACGUACGGUGCGAACGACGCCAAAGGAACGCCAGCUCAAGUAUUCAUGUCGAACGCGGGCGUAACGCCACCGCAAAUGCAUAUCAAUAAGAACGAGUCGGGACUGGCGGAUGGCUACGUGUUCUUGGGUAUGGAUGGAGAACCAACGAGCGGGCAGAAUUGGCCUACUAUAUACGACUUCUCGGAGGAUAGGAUGGGCACACUCGUCUGGACAGGUAACUACACUGAGCCCUUCGAUUUCAAGACACAGACCUACAAAGGCCAGCCAGUACUUACAUUCUGGUCUGGUGAGCUGAAGAAUGGAUAUGGUCGCGGGUCCUAUUAUAUCCUCAAUCAAUCGUACAUCGAAAUCGCGCGUUUCCAGGUCGCUCGCUUCGGCAACGAUAUGGGAGAUAUACACGAGUUCAUAAUCACAGGCGAUGAUACUGCGCUUGUUCCGACUUACCAUGCCAUUCCGUGGGACCUUACAGAGACUGGCGGAGUGGAGAACGGUUGGCUGUUCGAUAAUACCAUUCAAGAGAUCAACAUCGAGACCGGGGAGCUUGUCUUCGAGUGGAAUGCAAGUGCUCAUGUUGGCAUCAAUGAGUCGUACAACGCACUUCCUGAGGACGUAGGUAGAGCUGAAGACUCCCCGUGGGAUUACUUUCAUGUCAAUUCAAUCGCGAAAGAUCCUAAUGGCGACUAUCUUGUCUCUGCAAGAGUCAUGGAUUGUAUCUAUAAGAUAUCUGGACGAGACGGUCAAAUCAUUUGGCGCUUGGGCGGUAAGCAGUCGAAUUUCCAGGUUGAUGACGAUGCUGUAUUUGCAUUUCAGCACGACGCUCGCUGGAUCGACGAUAGAAAUCAGGUACAGAUGACGCUAUUCGACAACGGCCCUACAGAUGAUGUCGCAUACUCCAGGGGCCUUCUUCUCGACGUGAACCAGGAUGAGAAGACAGUCAAGCUCGGCCGCGAGUUCACCAAUAGCGCGAAAACCUUUGCCCAAUUCGAAGGCAGUUUGCAAGCCCUGCAGCUAUCCAACGGGAACAUGAACUACCUGGUCGGCUAUGGAAGUCAGCCAUACUUUGCGGAGCUGAACGCCCAGGGCGAGAUCUUGCUGGACGUCCAAUUCGGAAAGACGAAUGCAGUGAACUGCUACCGCGCAUACAAGCUGCCUUGGGAAGGAAAGCCGCUUACCAGGCCAGAUGUGCAUUGGGCUAAAAGCGAAAAUAAGGCGUAUUUCUCGUGGAAUGGUCAAACUGACUGCGAAGAAUGGGUCGUGUAUACGGCGGCAAACGUGACGGACUCGUCGGUCUGGCGAAAUGUGACGACCGUACGACGAACUGGGUUUGAGACAACUAUCGACUUGUCGAAUGCCCAGCUCGAUACUUAUGUACGGGGUAAAGCAGUUAGCGGUUUAGGUUCUGUCUUGGGCUGGACACAAGCCAGUGACGGCGAUCAGCUGUUCGAUGCGCCUGACGAUGUCCAGGAGACUACCUCCACAGCACCUUCCAGCAGCACUUCGACGUCGAUCGCUGCGGCGGCAAGAGCGACGCAAAAUCUUGUGGAGCAAGUCGUAGCGGCGGCAGUCGUUGCGUGUGGCCUAGUGCUUAUCUGAGGGGUCUGUCAGACAGCUCAGAGUUCAUUGACCUGAGGUGUAGGGAUGCAGUAAAGGAUGCAAACAGGUGGAGGUAGCGUCUCGCCAGCGAUCUCACUUUCCCCACAUUUCGGACUUCACGAUCUCACAACAACUGACAUCGCUCAGAAGGCGAGGACAUUAUCGAAGAAAUGACAGAUGGCACAGCGCUGGUGGGAUACGAUAACAGCGCAUAUCGCGC